GAACUCAACACACACUACUAAUAUUAUUUUAACUUUGGUAAGAGAAAGAAAAUCACCAAAGCCAAAAAAGCAAAAAGCAGACCAACGGACUAACCAAAGCAAUUGACUUCAAAGAGAGAGAAUUAAAGCAGACACAGACAGAACAGAUACAGAAACAAAUAAACCACCACCUAUCAACCCCCCCUUUAGAAAUUAGGAUCUUCUCCUCCUUUGUGUUUACGCCAUUCCCAACACUUGUUCUUGCUUUCAUUUAUUAUUAUUUUAUUAUUUUGGCUGUAAUUGUUGUGAGAGAAAGAAAGAAAGAAAGAAGGGGCAAGAGGGGGUUUGUUCAAGUGAGGAAAUCUGUGGUAUUCUGGGGUUUUGACCAAUUAUUUCGUGGUGACCCUGGAUUUUCAUGGAUUGAGAGGAGAGGAAACAAGGGUAUAUAAUGGGGAGUUAUUUAGAAGAAGAAGAUGAUAAAUUCUUUGAUAGCAGGGAGGAGAUUUCUUCUGCAUCUGAGGAAUGUGGUCCUAGUCCUGAUUUAGCCUUAGUUAAUGAUUUUUUGGAUAGUUUUGAUCAUUUCGAGUUCUGGUCUGCGUUCCCACAAAGUGUUGAUAAGCGUCGGCAUUACUUUAGAAGAUGGAUGGAUCUAAAUUUCGAUGGGAAUUCGAUUACCGGGGAGGUUCCUGGUAGUUCCGACAGGGAUGAACUUGAAUUGGGAAUUUCUAGAAUCUCACUAGAUAGUGGAGCUGUGCUGAGGACUUCAGGUCUUGAACAUGGGGUUUCAUCCAACCAGUCCUUGGUGUCUUCUCGGAUCGAUGAUGCUCAACAGCCUGAGGAUCGUUUUGCAUGUCAAGCCGAUAAUUUGGAUGGUCAAGUGGAAUCAGUAACAGUUGAACAGUAUCAGAAUGGAAUAAAAAGUUGUUUACCAAGUUCAAGUUCAAGUAGAUCUGUUUGUUCCCAAGUGUCUGAGCGAACUACUAUGUUGUCUCCUUUGGUUGAGCGGCACUUGGAUGGGGAGGUCAACGGAAGACCUGCAAUAGAUGUGAAAAGGAAAGUGAAAAGGAGUUGGUUAAGAAAAUUAGGUGCCAUGGCUCAUAUUGUUGAUAGACAUGUUGAUGUUUCAUCGAAGCCCGAUAAUCAUGAUUCGGUGCCCGGGGAAAGGAUGAAAAGGGUAAGACCUCAUCCAUCUAGCAAGCAUUCCAAGGAGUUGUCUUCCCUUUAUUGUGGGCAAGAAUUUGUAGCACAUGAAGGGUCCAUCUUGACGAUGAAGUUCAGUCUGGAUGGCGAAUUCCUAGCAACUGCAGGUGAAGAUUGUAUUGUGCGUGUAUGGAAGAUUGUUGAGGAUGACAGUUUAGACAAAUUUGAUAUCCAAGACCUUGAUCCGUCAUGUCUCUACUUCAGAAUGAAUCAUCUCUCACAGCUGAUUCCUCUUAAUGUCGAUAAAGAAAAUAUAGAUAAAAUUAAGAGGUUAAGGAGAUCAUCCUAUUCAACUUGCGUGAUUUUCCCACCCAAGGUCUUCCGAGUUUUGGAGAAGCCUGUUCAUGAAUUCCAGGGGCACAGCGCAGAAAUUUUGGCUCUUUCGUGGUCUAAGAAAGGGUUUCUACUGUCAUCUUCUGUCGACAUGACCGUUCGUCUGUGGCAAGUGGGAUACUAUGGAUGCUUGAGGGUUUUUUCUCAUAACAAUUAUGUAACUUCUGUUGCCUUCAACCCUGUGGAUGACAAUUAUUUCAUCAGUGGUUCAAUUGAUGGAAAAGUUCGCAUUUGGGAAGUGCUUCGUUGUCGAGUCAUUGAUUAUACAGAUGUAAGGGAUAUAGUCACUGCUGUUUGUUAUCGGCCUGAUGGAAAGGGAGGAAUUGUUGGUUCAAUGACUGGCAGCUGCCGCUUCUAUGAUGUAAUAGGUACUCGACUUCAACUUGAUGAACCGAUAUAUUUACAAGGCAAAAAAAAGUUACCUGGAAAAAGGAUAACUGGCUUCGAGUUCUCUCCUACUGAUCCAAGUAAAGUGAUCAUUACUUCAGCUGAUUCACUUGUCCGUGUCUUGUCCGGGAGAGAUGUCAUAUGCAAAGUGAAGGCAUCCGGCUUUCGAGUUGUAACGAGUCAGAUAUCUGCAACUUUUAGCCAAGAUGGGAAACAGAUCAUCUCAGCCAGCGAGGAUUCCAAUAUCUACAUCUGGAAUUACGCUAACCAGGAGAAGAACAGUUCCAAGCUGAAAAGCAUUUCGUCUUGCGAGAGUUUCCUCUCCCACAAUGCAUCGGUUGCUAUACCUUGGCGUGGAAUUGAGACCAUUCCAGCAACACUUACAUCCCUAGAACUGGAUGGUGGGGAUGUGAGGAGAAACAGCCACCCAAGCGGGCAGAAACAUCAAAGUCCAAAGGUGGAGCCGGAACAACCUAUGCCUAAUUCUUCAUCAGAUUGUUUCUCUUUAACGCGUGUUCUAUUGGAGUCAUUAACAAAGGGGUCUCCAACUUGGCCUGAAGAGACACUCCCCAACGCGAGUCCGGUGACAGUUGCAUCUGACAUGUGCAAGUUCGAGUUAAAGGUUUUGAAAAGUGCCUAUCAAAGCAUGUUGAGUUCCCACAAGUGGGGACUUGUCAUAGUUACUGCAGACUGGGAUGGACGGAUUCGAACCUACCUCAAUUAUGGUCUACCUAUUCGAUUAUAAGACCCCUCCAAAGAUUCAGCAAGCUUUAACCAGGGACUGAAUUCAUGGCUGUUGCUGCAACAGGUUAAGGUUCGUGUGGUCCCCCUCCCUGCAUGUGGGUCUGGACCCAUCUUAGAUUUGGAAGUGUAUUAGAGUGCUAUCAGUUCAAAGGGUUCGUUAAUUUAGGGUCAAAUCCAGUCAGGUCCCAACAAGUGGCUGGGGUUUAAUAUUUUGUUGGAUCACAGCUUAUAGAUAUCAAAUUUAUAUAUAUAUUAUUUUACUGAUUCUUUGAUUUGUUUGAGGGACUACGAGCUCUAAAUUAUGUGCUAACGGGCCCUUUCUUUUUGUAAGUAAUUAUUUUUAGCAGUAUAAAUGAACUUGUAACAACAUAUUUGCA